AUGGACUCCAAAGAAGAGAGCGUUGUGAAACAUGACCAUGUUGAACUCGUUGACCGGGGCGACACUCCCAAAGGCUCCGAUCUACCAUUCUGGAAACAGAAACAGUUACGCAAACUAUAUGGCAUGUUGAUGUUUCUGUUUCUUGGAUCGACGACCUUAGGAUAUGAUGGCAGUCUUCUCAAUGGUCUUCAAACCAUGGAUAAUUGGCAAAAUUUUUUCGGACAUCCAACAGGAUCCAGGCUCGGUAUAUUCGGUGCCAUCCCAGGAUUCGGUGGUCUUUUCGCCCUGCUUUUCGCCCCAUACAUUGCAGACGGCCUUGGGCGCAAGCGUGGAACCGCUAUUGGCUGCAUCUUCGUCGUUUUAGGUUCCCUUCUUCAAAGCUUCCCUCGCAACGGGAGUAGCUCACAGAGAGAUGCCAUGUAUCUCUGCGGUCGUUUCAUCAUGGGAUUUGGCUCCAAUAUCUCGAAUGGAACGUGUCCGCUUCUCAUCACGGAGAUUGCGCACCCUCGUCACCGGGGCAAAAUAACCACGAUAUACAAUACCCUAUGGUACGUGGGGAGCAUCGUCGCGGCCUGGGUAUGCUUUGGUACCUUGCAGCACCAGACUGGGAAUACGCAAUGGGUCCUUCCUACCGCUUUCCAGUGUCUAAUGCCUGGGGUACAGCUUCUUGCCGUUUGGUUUGUCCCUGAAAGUCCACGAUGGCUCAUUAGCAAGGACCGAACAGAGGAAGCUCGAGAAAUCCUGGUCAAGUAUCAUGGGAAUGGUGACUCUGAUGAUGAGUUUGUCCGGUGGGAGUUCACUGAGAUUGCGAAUACAUUGAGACUGGAACGUGAAUUGUCGGGUAAUGGUUGGGCAGAGAUGAUACGGACAAAGGGGAAUCGGAAACGAUGUGCCUUGAUCAUUGCCACCGCAAUUUUCUCACAGUGCAGUGGGAACGGCCUGGUCUCUUACUAUCUUGCUACUAUACUCAAGACGAUUGGGAUCACUGACUCGAUCACCCAGUCUUACAUCAACGGCGGUCUCACCAUAUGGUGCUGGCUUGUCUCACUUGGCGCCUCCUUCCUCGUUGACCGAGCUGGCCGUCGACUUCUCUUCCUCUUCGCUGGUGUCGGCAUGCUGAUAACAUUCAGCAUUUGGACCGCGUGCAGUGCCGUCUAUGCAAAUACUGAGUCCCUAGCCUCUGGAACUGCCGUGGUCGCAAUGAUAUUCCCCUUUUAUGGAAUGGCAGGUGCAGCGUGGCCCGGACUGACGGUGUCGUAUACGAUCGAAAUUUUGCCAUAUAAUAUUCGCGCCAAGGGUCUCACGCUGUGCUUUUGCUUCACAGCCCUCAGUGGCGUGUUCAACCAGUGGGUCAACCCUUUGGGGUUAGAUAGUCUCCAUUGGAAGUUCUACUUUGUCUAUAUCACCGUACUUGUGCUGGAGUGUUUGAUAAUAUUCUUCUUCUUCCCGGAGACAAAGGGACCAACACUGGAGGAGAUUGCCGUCAUUUUCGAUGGUGAUAAUUCUGCGGCGGGAAUCGCUCAAGCCACGGCACAUGAGAAGAUGAUCGAGUAUCCGCGCACUGACCGUGAUGUAUGA